AUGCAAAUAGUCCGAGAGCAAAUCACUCGAGCUUUGCCCUCCAAACCCAACUCUUUGGAUCAGUUCAAGAGCAAACUGUGUAGCCUGAGCUAUUCUGAGAUUCUGCGACUGCGCCAGUCUGAGAAGAUGAGUCAGGAUGACUUCCAGUCCCCACCAAUUGUGGAGCUGAGGGAGAAGAUCCAGUCCGAGAUCUUUGAGCUGAUUAAGCAGCAACGCCUAAACCGGCUCUGUGAGCGCAAUAGCUUUCGAAAAAUCGGUAAUCGCCGUAGGCAAGAACGGUUCUGGUACUGCCGUCUGGCACUGAACCACAAAGUCCUGCACUAUGGUGACUUGGAUGACAACCCUCAAGGAGAGGUGACAUUCAAAUCCCUGCAGGAGAAAAUUCCUGCUGCAGACAUUAAGGCCAUCGUCCCUGGGAAAGAUUGUCCUCACGUGAAAGAGAAAAGUGCUCUAAAACAGAACAAGGGAGUGUUGGAAUUGGCCUUCUCCAUCCUGUAUGACCCUGAUGAGACCAUAAACUUCAUUGCACCUAAGAAGUAUGAGUACUUCAUCUGGAUUGAUGGCCUCAGUGCCCUUCUGGGGAAGGACAUGUCCAGUGAGCUGACCAAGAGUGACCUGGACACCCUCCUGAGCAUGGAGAUGAAGCUGCAGCUCCUAGACCCGGAGAACAUCCAAAUUCUCGAAGCCCCGCCGCUAGUCCCCAAGGAACCCAGCAGCUAUGACUUUGUCUAUCACUACAGCUGA